CGAUGGGUUCCCUUUGACGAGAGGGUUCGUCCGCGUCGUCACCACGAGAGCGAGGAAGGAGGAGUGUGCCUUCCUUUUGUUCUUGUAUGGAGAGGCGAGUGGCAGUGGAGGGAGAGAAAGGGAUGGAGUGCACGAUGGAGGCGGCGGCGACGGGGGUGGAGAAGGCGUCCAGGUUCCGGAGGAUAUGCGUGUUCUGCGGGAGUCAGUGUGGGAAGAAGCCCGGCUAUCAGGAGGCCGCCGUCGAGCUCGGCAAGGAAUUGGUGAAGAAUGGCAUCGACUUGGUGUAUGGAGGAGGAAGCAUUGGAUUGAUGGGCCUGGUCUCUCAUGCGGUUCAUGAUGGAGGGCGCCAUGUCUUGGGGGUUAUUCCGAAGUCCUUGAUGCCAAAGGAGUUAACUGGUGGAACAAUUGGAGAGGUUAGAGCAGUAUCAGACAUGCAUGAAAGGAAAGCGGAGAUGGCUCGCCAAGCAGAUGCCUUCAUUGCUUUGCCUGGUGGAUAUGGCACACUUGAAGAACUACUUGAGGUCAUUACAUGGGCUCAGCUUGGAAUCCACAAGAAACCGGUUGGACUACUUAAUGUUGAUGGCUUUUACAAUUCGUUGUUAUCUUUUCUCGACAUGGCUGUUGAUGAAGGGUUCAUAUCGCAAGCUGCACGUCACAUCAUUAUAUCUGCCCAUUCAGCCAAGGAGCUAAUGAGGAAACUUGAGGAAUAUGUUUCAGAGUAUGAAUGCACAUUGGUGUGGGAUGCUGAGAAGAAGCCACUGAACUUUGCCCCCGAACCAGAGUCCGGUGUUGCUUCCUAACCUGCUCUCCUUUCCAUGCUCUUCGAACAAGUGUAGGACAAAGUACGACUUCAGAGUAAAUUGCUGGCAGGACUUACAAGUUCAAUGAACAACCUUUGUGCAGUCUUCUGUAUUUAAUCAAUCGGCAUAGUUCGGACACAUAGAAGGAAGUUGUCAGAUUGUAUUCAAAUUCUUCUGCAACUUGUAAGCUUUGGUGUUGCCACUUUCCCGUAUCAAAAUUGGCAUCUUUACAUCACCAUGUGAAGAGUAAUUGAUCCCCAUGAAUUGGUACACAGAUCCAAGCAGUUGGAGACUGGCAUUGACUUUACCAAGCAACUACUACAUAGAACAGAGUGCAUGUAUCUUCAUAUUCCAUGAUCAUAACCUUGUGUGGGAAGUCAUCUUCCUAGUGAUGCAUCGAACUUCCUGUGUUUAUAUCAUCGUUUUGGUACUUCUGUUUCCUGUA